CGGACCGGCCCCCUUCACUCCGAGGACGCCGACGCUGGGCACAGCGCUGAAGCAGCUGCGCGAGCAGCACGGCAGGCUCAGGCAGAGGACCUGGAGAAAGUGGAUAUCGAACAUGUGGAGAAAGUGCUGCCACAGCUGCUUCUAGACUUCUAGAGACCUGACGAAGCAAAUGUGACGUGCCAGCUGUCAGCAGAAGAUCUCGAUCUGACAGUCAACAUCUGGAUCGUUAUCCUCAGAGUUUAGCUCUAGGAAGAACAGCGUCACUUUCUUCUUUCUCUGCCAUAUUGUUUCUGUUUCCUCCCUCCUUUACCAAGCAAGACAAAGCCUGAGGCACUACACUGUCAGAUGCUAUUUUUGAGAGGAGGCUGCCACAUUUGCUUUGGUAGACUUAAGUAUGUAACAGGUUUCCAUCUUGCUGCCUUAUUCCUGCAACAGUAGCCUGUUCUCCACAGCAUGGGUAAGAUGGUGUUGCUUUUUCAGCUGACGUGAGAAACAGGUGCUGCUUCACCAAGAUGCAAGGCAAGACAUAAUGGCUGGAAAUGUCAUCCCAACUGCAGGCUCUCAUUGCCUCAGCAGGCAACUGUGGCAGAAACUUUAGGUCCAGCUCCAAGCCUGUCUAAUGAAUGGUUUGUUAACAGAAGCUCAGUUACAGGCUCUUGCCAAAAGCAGGUAUCUGAUCUUUAUUUUAUAAAUAAACAGUGUGUGUUUCUCAA